AUGAAGGACUUUGGGAAGCUGUCAUGGUUUCUUGGACUAGAGUUCAAGUGGAAGAACAACAGUGUUGAAAUGAACCAGAAAAGACAUAUUGAGAAGAUGCUGGUGAAGUUCAACAGGAUGGACUGUAAACCCAAGACAACUCCAUGUGAUCCCGGCGCUAACAAAGAAAGGGAGACAACUGCAAUUGAACUGGGCGAUCCCAGACUCUACAGAGUGAUUGUUGGAAGUCUGAUCUAUAUUAUGACUGCUACGAGACCAGACCUGUGCUAUAUUGUGACCAAAUUGUCACAGUAUAUGGCUAAACCCACAACAACCCAUUUGGGCAUGGCAAAACACACUCUGAGGUAUAUCAAAGGUACAGCUGAACAAGGACUGACGUUUCUAAAAUCAUGUGAUCCUCUACAACUUGUGGGAUUCUGUGAUGCUGACUGGGGUUCAUCUGCAGACAGGAGAAGCAUCACUGGCUACGGAUUCCAGUUGAAAGAUAAUGGACCCUUGAUUUCCUGGAAAAGCAAGAAGCAGACGACUGUGGCAUUGUCAACGUGCGAGGCAGAGUACAUGGCAAUGGCUGCAGCAAUACAAGAGGGGAAGUUCCUGCGACAGCUGUGGAGAGAUAUGACUGGUCAGUGUAAAGGUGUAACAUUGAUGGUGGAUAAUCAGGGAGCAAUAGCACUCGCCAAAAAUCCAGUGACUCAGCAAAGAUCAAAACACAUUAUAUCAUUUCAUCAGAAAUGA